AUGCUCUCUCUUCGCUCAUCUCCAAUAAUAAAAACUCUUCAUAAAUGUCAUCCCCGAUCUGGUCUCUAUAGAUUCGCAUCCGUUUGGGCGAACGUAGAGCAAGGCCCGCCAGACGCCAUCCUCGGAAUUACAGAGGCAUAUAAGAAGGAUACUGACUCGAAGAAGAUUAACCUUGGUGUUGGUGCUUACAGAGACGACAAUGGGAAGCCGUACGUGUUGAAUGCUGUUAGGAAGGCCGAACAAAAAUUAUUAAAUGAUAAACUAGACAAAGAAUAUCUUCCGAUCACGGGUCUAUCUUCUUUUACUAAAGAAGCAGGAAAACUAGCAUAUGGUGCUGAUUUCAUAUCAUCCCACGAAGGAAAUUGCACUAUUUUUAUAAACAAGUCAUUGCAUUUCAAAAUUCACGUUCAAACCCAAUCGCAUCUCAUUUCAUCAACUAAGUUUCUCUUCUUUUCAACACGAAAGGUUGUGAUUAGUCAAUCGAUAUCAGGGACAGGCGCUCUUCGCAUUGGGGGCAGCUUUCUUGGCAGGUUCUAUCCACACGCAAAGACCAUUUACGUUCCAACGCCAACAUGGGGCAAUCAUAAAGCAGUGUUUUCCGACUCUGGUUUAGGUGUGGCACAGUAUAGGUAUUUUGACAAGAACACCAAUGGGUUAGAUUUUAAUGGGAUGAAAGAGGAUAUUUUGAGCGCACCAAAGAAUUCAAUCAUUCUUCUUCAUGCGUGCGCGCAUAAUCCAACUGGUGUUGAUCCAACUCUUGCACAAUGGAACGAAUUAUCGGAAGUUCUCAAGGAACGUUCUCACUUUGCUUUCUUUGACAUGGCAUACCAAGGUUUUGCAUCAGGAGAUAUCGACAGAGACGCCUACGCGGUUCGCAAAUUUGCAUCCGACGGACACCAAAUCAUCCUAUGCCAAUCGUUUGCAAAGAACAUGGGUCUGUACGGAGAACGCGUAGGAGCGUUUUCGCUUGUCGCUAGUAAUCCAAAAGAGAAAGCGGCUGUCGAGUCGCAAAUUAAAAUCUUGAUUAGGCCAAUGCUAUCAGAAGUCAAGGUCAUGGCGAAUCGUAUUAUCACAAUGCGCGAGAAGCUUCAAGGCCACCUUGUAAACGAUUUUCAGUCUAAGAAGUCUUGGAAUCAUAUUACUGAUCAGAUUGGAAUGUUUUGCUUUACUGGACUUGCACCUGAUCAGGUGGAGCGUUUGACAAAGGAUUUCCACGUGUAUCUAACAAAGGAUGGAAGAAUUUCGAUGGCUGGUGUCACAUCUCAUAACGUAAAAUACCUUGCCGAAGCAAUUCACGAAGUUACCAAAUAG